AUGCAACGAAACACUCAAGAAGGCACAGUUGUACAGUGGCUACAGGCUCUUGAUAUGCAAGUAUUGGGAGCGUGUCGCGCCGAUGAGAAGUUGAAGCCCAUGCUCAAGCUUAAUGUAUCCAACGCGGCUGAAGACCGAUUGCUAUCGCAUCUAAGUCGGGACAUGUCUGUUACUGUUAUACUGGGAAACUUAAUUCUGUCAUUAUUACCAGCUUUUGAUCUACGCAUAUCGUUUGUUGGGGAUGAUGGGCAUGCAGAUAGAAUAUCAAUCUUGAGAAACACAACAGAUUGUUCCUCUGUUGUGAUUGAAGGAAUCCCAGCAGAUACCUCUGGUCGAUCUUUUGUUGUUAGGGUCCCCACGCCUUUCUACUUUUGGUGCUCUGAAAAAUCCAAACUCCUCGGCGAUGAAUUGCUUGAAAAGAUGAGGGAGUUACUGGAGAGGAAGCCUUCCCUUGCGGAACUAACCGGAAUCAGUAAUUCCCGUCUUCAACACUUUGUACAUCAUCUACGAACUUUUACUUUUCUCGUUGGCUCAGUUAGUGAAACGUCAAACUCAAAGUCUCCUCCAUUGUUGGCAUCAUCAAAGGCUUCACGGGUCCGGACCUGCAGUAGCAUUAUUCAAGGCAGCCUAAGUCCUAGGCCAAGCUCCUUCAAAGAAGGUGGCCUCCCCAGAAACAUAGCUUCCUCGAGAAAUGUAGUCAGAGACAAGUUAAGACGUAGGCUGGAAGGGGUCCGCCUUGAAACAUCCUCCGAAAAACAUCCUUUUCCUUCCACUUCAAAUCAGCAUGAAGAAAACAGGGUUCCAGAAUUAUCAUCAUCAUCAUCUGGAAUUUGCUUGUUCCCAUCAGUAUUAAGUGGGAACAUGAAUAUGCAAAUUCCAUCUAUAAUCUCAGCAACACAUAAUACGAAUACUAAUACUACAUCAUCAUCAUCUAUCUUCUCUCCUCCUCCAUAUUACUGCUGGUGUCCACCUGUGGUUAUGGUAACACCCCAACAUCCACAUACAACAUCAAUUGAAUCUUUUACAUUGCCACCCCUUUCAUCACUCCUUGCAACAGCCUCAUCAUCUGCGAAAACAUGUUCUGAAAUCUCAAUCCCACUCCCACCUUUUCUACCAUUAUCAAUGGGCAUGCCACCUUCACAACAGAUCCCGCUCUUGGCACCUCUCAUAUGCGAGUGCGACCACCCAAUAGUUCACAUCCCGAUCCCAGUAGUGGACAUCUGCUCCUCGGGUCAAGCCUACAUAGUCAGUACUGGCCCUGCUAUUAUGAGCGUAGUAAGCAUUCCACCAGCAUUAAGUGCCCAAGAAUCCGAUUAA